GUGCUCGGGGGCAGCAUGUCCGAGGCUGGCGGGGCCGGGCCGGGCGGCUGCGGGCCGGGGGCCGGGCCCGGGGCGCUGCCCCCGCAGCCCCCAGCGCCGCCGCCGCCGCCGCCGCCGCCGCCGCCCGCGCCCCCGCAGGGCUUCUCCUGCGGUCCGGCGACGGCUGUGGCUGCGGCGGGCACGGCCGAAGGAUCAGGGAGGCGGUGGCUCGGCCGGAUCGCCGUGAAGAAGGCGCAGCUGCGCUCGGCUCCGCGGGCCAAGAAACUGGAGAAACUCGGAGUGUACUCCGCUUGCAAGGCUGAGGAGUCCUGUAAAUGUAAUGGCUGGAAAAACCCCAACCCCUCUCCUACUCCCCCCAGAGCCGAUCUGCAGCAAAUAAUCGUCAGUCUAACGGAAUCCUGUCGGAGUUGUAGCCAUGCCCUAGCUGCUCAUGUUUCCCACCUGGAGAAUGUGUCAGAGGAAGAAAUGAACAGACUCCUGGGAAUAGUGUUGGAUGUGGAGUAUCUCUUUACUUGUGUCCACAAGGAGGAAGAUGCAGAUACCAAGCAAGUUUACUUCUACCUAUUUAAGCUCCUGAGAAAGUCUAUUUUACAAAGAGGAAAGCCUGUGGUUGAAGGCUCCUUGGAGAAGAAACCCCCAUUUGAAAAGCCUAGUAUUGAGCAGGGCGUGAAUAACUUUGUACAGUACAAAUUUAGUCACCUGCCAUCAAAAGAAAGGCAAACAAUAGUCGAGUUGGCCAAAAUGUUCCUAAACCGCAUCAACUAUUGGCAUCUGGAGGCACCAUCUCAACGAAGACUGCGCUCUCCCAAUGACGAUAUUUCUGGAUACAAAGAGAACUACACAAGGUGGCUGUGUUACUGCAAUGUGCCACAGUUCUGUGACAGUCUACCUCGGUAUGAAACCACCCAGGUGUUCGGGAGAACGUUGCUUCGCUCAGUCUUCACCGUUAUGAGGAGACAACUCCUGGAACAAGCAAGACAGGAAAAAGACAAACUGCCUCUCGAGAAACGAACUCUGAUCCUCACUCAUUUCCCAAAAUUUCUAUCCAUGUUAGAAGAAGAAGUUUAUAGUCAAAACUCUCCCAUCUGGGAUCAGGAUUUUCUCUCAGCCUCUUCCAGAAUCAGCCAACUAGGAAUCCAAACAGGCGAAAAGAGGAAAAUUCUGGAGGAGGCCAAGAAACCCCGAGUCAUGGGGGAUAUUCCAAUGGAAUUAAUCCAUGAGGUGAUGUCCACCAUCACAGACCCUGCAGCAACGCUCGGACCAGAGACCAAUUUUCUGUCAGCCCAUUCAGCAAGGGAUGAGGCAGCAAAGCUGGAAGAGCGCAGGGGUGUGAUUGAUUUUCACGUGGUUGGCAAUUCCCUGAACCAAAAACCGAACAAGAGGAUCCUGAUGUGGCUGGUCGGCCUGCAGAAUGUGUUCUCCCAUCAGCUGCCCCGAAUGCCAAAAGAGUAUAUCACGCGGCUCGUCUUUGACCGGAAACACAAAACCCUCGCUUUAAUUAAAGAUGGCCGUGUUAUUGGUGGUAUAUGUUUCCGUAUGUUCCCAUCCCAAGGAUUCACAGAGAUUGUUUUCUGUGCUGUAACUUCAAAUGAACAAGUCAAGGGCUAUGGAACACAUCUGAUGAAUCAUUUGAAAGAAUAUCAUAUAAAACAUGACAUCCUGAACUUUCUCACAUAUGCAGAUGAAUAUGCAAUUGGGUACUUUAAGAAACAGGGUUUCUCCAAAGAAAUUAAAAUACCUAAAGCCAAAUAUGUUGGCUACAUUAAGGAUUAUGAAGGAGCCACUUUAAUGGGAUGUGAGCUAAAUCCUCGGAUCCCAUAUACAGAAUUUUCUGUGAUCAUUAAAAAGCAGAAAGAGAUAAUUAAAAAGCUGAUAGAAAGAAAACAGGCCCAGAUUCGGAAAGUUUACCCCGGACUUUCAUGUUUUAAAGAUGGAGUUCGACAAAUUCCUAUAGAAAGCAUUCCUGGAAUUAGAGAGACAGGCUGGAAACCAAGUGGAAAGGAGAAAAGUAAGGAGCCCAAAGACCCUGACCAGCUUUACAGCACGCUGAAGAGCAUCCUUCAGCAGGAAGAUCUGAAAACCAUGAGUGAACGCCUCAAGAAUAGGUACUACGUAUCUAAGAAAUUAUUCAUGGCAGACUUACAACGAGUCUUUACCAAUUGCAAAGAAUACAACCCCCCUGAGAGUGAAUACUACAAAUGUGCCAAUAUCCUGGAGAAAUUCUUCUUCAGUAAAAUUAAGGAAGCUGGAUUAAUUGACAAGUGAUGUUCCCCCCCUGCUGCUUAGAGAUUCAUCAAGCAGUGUGCCUAAUGCAAGGUGGUUUAGUUGUACAAAGAAUUGGACAAAAUAUGUCGAAGAGACUUGUAAUAAUUAGCACUUUUGAAAAACAAACAAAAAACCUCCUUUUAGCUUUUCAGAUAUGUAUAUAAAUUGACAUAGAGCAUUUUUAUUUUAU